UUCCUUUCCACCCAAUAACAGGUUACAAUUUGGAGGGCUGUGUUGACCUCCCCCCGGAUUCACCUCUAACGAGAAACCAUGUUUCGGUCUUUGCGACGCGUCCAGCAGUUUAACUGCAAACUCCUGACUUUACAAAGAGUCCGCGUGAACUCCAAACUCCCGAUCUGUACGUCCAGGAUGGCCAGUUCAGAGUUCAGGCUCGAGCGGGACAGUUUCGGUGAGCUCAAGGUCCCAGCUGACAAGUACUACGGUGCUCAGACUGUUAGAUCAACCAUGAACUUCAAAAUUGGGGGACCGUCUGAGAGAAUGCCCAUCCAAGUGAUCAAGGCCUUCGGUAUCCUGAAGAGAGCGGCCGCUGAAGUCAACAAGGAGUUCGGCCUCGAUCCAAAGAUAGCAGAUGCAAUCAUCCAGGCUGCAGAUGAGGUAUCAGCUGGUAAACUGGACGAUCACUUCCCUUUGGUUGUGUGGCAGACUGGAUCUGGGACUCAAAGCAACAUGAACGUCAAUGAGGUGAUCAGCAACAGAGCUAUUGAGAUCCUAGGGGGGGAACUAGGCUCAAAGGAACCUGUCCACCCUAAUGAUCACGUGAACAAGAGUCAGAGCUCAAAUGACACCUUCCCAACUGCCAUGCACAUUGCUGCAGCCACAGAGGUCCACCAAGUCUUGCUGCCUGGCCUGCAGACUCUGCACGACGCUCUGGCUGCCAAGAGUGAAGAGUUCAAAGACAUCAUCAAGAUUGGGCGCACGCACACUCAGGAUGCUGUCCCUCUCUCGCUCGGACAGGAGUUUAGCGCCUAUGUCCAGCAGGUGAACUACAGCAUUGCGAGAGUGAAGGCUCCCAUGCCUAGGAUUUACGAGCUGGCGGCAGGUGGCACAGCAGUAGGAACAGGACUCAACACCCGCAUCGGCUUUGCAGAGAAAGUAGCCUCCACGGUUGCUUCUCUCACAGGCCUGCCGUUUGUGACGGCGCCCAACAAGUUUGAAGCUCUGGCAGCCCACGAUGCCCUGGUGGAGCUGAGUGGAGCCUUGAACACGGUGGCAGUCAGCAUGAUGAAGAUCGCCAACGACAUUCGCUUCUUGGGGUCAGGACCUCGCUCCGGCCUGGGAGAGCUCAUCUUACCCGAGAACGAACCGGGGAGCAGCAUCAUGCCUGGCAAGGUGAACCCCACACAGUGUGAGGCCAUGACCAUGGUGGCUGCCCAGGUGAUGGGGAACCACGUCGCCGUCACCAUCGGAGGCAGCAAUGGACACUUUGAGCUCAAUGUCUUCAAGCCCAUGAUGAUCAAGAAUGUGCUGAACUCAGCUCGGCUCCUUGGCGACGCCUCCGUCUCCUUCACCAACAACUGCGUGGUGGGCAUCGAGGCCAACAUAGAGCGGAUCAACAAGCUCAUGAGCGAGUCCCUCAUGUUAGUCACUGCUCUGAACCCGCACAUCGGUUACGAUAAAGCUGCCACCAUUGCCAAGACGGCUCACAAGAAGGGAUCCACGCUGAAGGCCGUGGCCGUGGAGCUGGGCUACCUGACUGAAGAGCAGUUUGACCAGUGGGUGAAGCCGGGCGAGAUGCUGGGGCCAAAGUGAACAUGGAAGAAACUAAAUACAUCACAUGAAGAACAAGUGGAAUUAUAAAAAUACAAC